AGUGUUUUUGUUUUGGGUUGAAGUUGAGGCUUUGAAGAGGACCGAGCUAGCGACUGGCAGUCGUCGCGGCCGCGGACGCCGCGGGCGGUGGUGGAGGCCCCCGCGGGACUUGAGCGGUGUCUCCUCCGCGUCGGGCGGGCGAACCGCGCCUUACCGCCGCCGCCUCCCGCUCCCGGAACUCCGGGGCCUGCCCUGGCCCCUGUCUUUGCACUCCGCACGCCGCAGCGCCCUGCCCGGGCCGCACCCGCUGGCCUCAUGAGGAGGGACGUGAACGGAGUGACCAAGAGCAGGUUUGAGGAGCCUGAAGCUAGAAGCUAGCUGGGGAACUCAAUGAGACCCUGUCUCAACAAUAAAAAACACGGACCAACCCGAUGUCUCAGGAGUUCAAAGGACCUGGUUUCCAUCCCUGGGACCCAUAUGAGAGAAGGCAAGAACUGACUUCUGCAAACUCUCCUCUGAGCUAUAUGUUCUCAAACAGUGACGAAGCCGUAAUCAAUAAAAAACUUCCCAAAGAACUCCUGCUAAGGAUAUUUUCUUUCCUGGAUGUUGUUACCCUUUGUCGCUGUGCUCAGGUCUCCAGGGCCUGGAAUGUCCUAGCUCUGGAUGGCAGUAACUGGCAACGGAUAGACCUGUUCGAUUUCCAGAGGGACAUUGAGGGCCGGGUAGUGGAAAAUAUUUCUAAACGAUGCGGAGGCUUUUUACGGAAGUUAAGUCUUCGUGGGUGUCUCGGAGUAGGAGACAAUGCACUGAGGACCUUUGCACAAAACUGUAGGAAUAUUGAAGUACUAAGUCUCAACGGAUGUACAAAGACGACAGACGCCACCUGCACUAGCCUUAGCAAGUUCUGCUCCAAACUCAGGCACCUCGACCUGGCUUCCUGUACGUCAAUAACAAACAUGUCUCUCAAAGCUCUGAGUGAGGGCUGUCCACUGUUGGAGCAGUUGAACAUCUCCUGGUGUGACCAAGUAACCAAGGAUGGCAUUCAAGCACUAGUGAGAGGCUGUGGGGGUCUCAAGGCCUUAUUCUUAAAAGGCUGCACUCAGCUAGAAGAUGAAGCUCUCAAGUACAUAGGUGCACACUGCCCUGAGCUGGUGACUUUGAACUUGCAAACUUGCUUACAAAUCACAGAUGAAGGCCUCAUCACCAUAUGCAGAGGGUGUCAUAAGUUGCAGUCUCUCUGUGCCUCUGGGUGCUCCAACAUCACAGAUGCCAUCCUGAAUGCUCUAGGUCAGAACUGCCCUCGGCUUAGAAUAUUAGAAGUGGCCAGAUGUUCCCAGUUAACAGAUGUGGGCUUUACUACCCUGGCCAGGAAUUGCCAUGAACUUGAAAAGAUGGACCUAGAAGAAUGUGUGCAGAUCACAGAUAGCACAUUAAUCCAGCUUUCCAUACACUGUCCUCGGCUUCAAGUGUUGAGUCUUUCUCACUGCGAGCUGAUCACAGAUGACGGGAUUCGUCACCUAGGGAAUGGAGCCUGUGCCCACGACCAACUGGAGGUGAUUGAGCUGGACAAUUGCCCACUAAUCACAGAUGCAUCCCUGGAGCACUUGAAGAGCUGCCACAGCCUUGAGCGGAUCGAACUCUAUGACUGCCAGCAGAUCACCCGGGCUGGCAUCAAGAGACUCAGGACCCAUUUACCCAAUAUUAAAGUCCACGCCUACUUCGCCCCUGUCACUCCACCGCCAUCAGUAGGGGGCAGCAGACAGCGCUUCUGCAGAUGCUGCAUCAUCCUAUGACAGUGGAGGGGUCAGCCUUGGUGAACUGAGUAUUUAAUGACACUUCUAGACAUACCGUGGAGUCUCUCCGGUGGAAGCAACCCCAGCGUUCUGGGCAAGGGUUACAAAGCACGGGCAGCGUCCAGAUCCCCAGAGCCACACAUGCACAGCACAUGCGUCCUCACCCCCAUCUGCUGUAGUGCUGUGGCCAUGGCACUGAAGCUCACACUGCUGUAACAAGUGGACUGGUAAAACCUGACCAUUCCAGGUGGACAUGCCCAGGGGCAGUCGUAGGCCGUGGUGGAGGGAGGGGCAUUCCAGCAGAGUCCAGGGUCACUGCUUCUGUGGUUUCUUUAUUUUGUUAGGGGGUUUCUGUGGGGGGUUUGAAACAAUAACUAUGAUCCUCCAGGGUGAGAGGUAGCAUGGAGAACAAUAUAUGACGUAUCCAGGGACCAGAAAGAAAACUUCUGCCUCCUAGAAAUGGUAGCCAUCCGUUGGAGAUGCCUACACAACUUCUGGGCUUCCGUGUUCCCAUGCUGACAUACUGAGCAUGCUCACAAAGAAGGCUCAUCCAUUCAUCUGGUGUUUUAGGAUUUGACCCAGAGGUUUUUUUUAGCGGCUGCAUUGAAAUCACUGGGGUCCAAAUACAAUUACUUUUCUUACCUGCUCAGUUCGUCACUGUAUGUCACUGUGCACCCGUCUUCCGUUCUCUUGCUCACUGCCACGCGCUCUCGUCCAGUCUGUCCUCCUCAGUAUGCUGCCCACUCAAUUGUUACCUGUUGCUGUUGUGUUUACAGUUUGCAUUUUGGAUGAAUUAGUUGGGGUCACCAAACAUUUUUAAAAGAAACAUCAAUAAAUAUUUUUUUAAUCUAACUUUUACCAUCAGGGGACCCUGCCUGAAUCUUUGCCAGUCUGGAAAAAAAGUUUAACAAAAGCAGGAAAGUUAUGAUAAGAAAUAGUCAGAUUGUUUGGAUGGAAAGAAACUUUACCUUUUGGUUUUUGUCGUACCCUGUGCUGUGUGCUCCCUUGCAUGGUGUGCGCACUGUGCUGUCCGCUCCACCCCCUCCACCCCCACCCCACCCAACGCACCCCAGCACAAACUCGUUGAGCUUACUAAGACAAGAGAAGUGCAUUAGUAGUGUGGAGUGGGUGACGAAUCCCCAUACCGAGCCUGGGAGCCCCCACUGCCCAAGCUCAAGCACAAAUGACCAACCUCCUGUGCCAACAGGCAUGUGGUGUGAUCUCUGCCUGUGUCCCAAGUUACUUGAGUUACUUGCUUUGCAGCAGUGCUGCUGGGGUGGGGGUUGCUGUUGUUUUUUUGAGCCCUUCCCACAGUUACUCCCAUCAGGGGUACAUGAAGAGCCCUGUAACAGCUGGCUACCUGUGUGUUAACAGAAGACCUGAGCGUAUCAGCUGUCUCUGCAGACUUCCUAUGAAAGGUGAUGUGAAGGCAGCCAGGUAGGAGCACUGGGGCAGCCAGAGAGCCUGGAGAGGGAGUAGGGACCCAGAGGCUAUGCCAAGCCUGGGCAUCUGACACCAGAGCUGAGGGAGCAGUGUUAGUACCUGUGGCUCAGAGUCAAGAAAAAGCCUCUUCAAAGAAAAACACAGAAAAUGAGAGAAAUUAAAUGAGUUUCUAAGGCAUAUUUGUAAACCCCAAUGGUAGAGGUCUUGCGUGAUGCUUAUUGGGGAACUGGAGGAAGGGACUUUGAGGACAUGGUGUGCAAGCCUGUGAUCCCGGCGCAUUAGGGCUGUUCUGAUGCGGUAGGAGCACAUUCUGCCAGAAAACAUAGGAAUAAGUCUGAUUUAUUUCUCCAUCAAUGUAGAAAACAAUCAGAUGAAAGGUCCUCAAAUUCUAUACUACCAGAUUUAUUUAUCACAUUAAACUUAUUUAAAAUUUAUUUUAUUAUGCUCUUUUGAAAGCUAAAUUACUUGUGUUUCUAUUCCUUUUCUUUUCUGUUCAAAUGACCUUGCAAGAAAUUUCUUUUUUCCUCUGAGAUUCUCUUGUUACAUUGCUCGCCCGACUGGUCUCAGGCACCUGGGCUCCAGUUACCUCCACUUUAACACCCCACGCCCUGUGUGGCCGGGACUUCGGUGGCCAGUGCUGCUUUACCUGACAGGGGUAUUUGUGUGGCCCCUCCCCCCACAAAGUCUUACUCUGUAGCCCUGGCAGGCCUGGGAUUUGUGGUUCUCUUUUGCCUUGGCCUCCUAAAUGCUGGGAUCAUGAAGUUAGACUCGGUGCACACACACUCAUCAACACACUUCCAGAUGUGUUUAGAUGUAGAUCCCCUAGGACUUUCAGACAAAACCAAAAGAAACCGAGGGACUGUCAGCUGUAAACUAUGUUGUUUGAUUUUUUUUUCCCCUAAGUGCCUAACAAGUUGACAGUAAGGCCUGAAUACCAAGCAGGCAGUGGACACAGAUUCGACUGCCCUAGUCUAGGUCAUUCAGGUACUUCUUUUCCCAUUAGAGUUUGAACGAGUCUCUUAUUUACUAGUGUGUCAAAGGCCUUGAGAAUGCCGUCUGUCUCCUCAGAGAGCCACACGAGGGAGGGUCCAUUGGCUUUGUCCUGGUGACCCCAGCUGGUAAGGCCAGGAACACGUCAACCGGAUGAGGUCUGCUGAGGCUGCAUAUGUCCUGCAGCAGGCUUCUCGUGCUUGGAGGAGUGUGGAGAAACACUGACCUCUGAACCCAAGUGCCAGCCCCCACACACAGAGUGCUCCUGAGAGCUCAGCAGGCUUCGGUUUGUGGUUAGGACUGCGGAUGGAAACCAGGGCCUUCUCAAGCACUAAGCACAUGCUGUACCACUGAGCUGUGUAUCCUCUUCAGCCCUAGUAAAGCUUAACGUGGAAAAUCCCUGUUUAGAGAGCCUACUGGGCUGCCACUGACUGGAAGGUGAAGUGCUUGCCAGGCAGUCCUGCCAGAGUCAAGCUUGCAGAGCCACACAGGAGCUUUGUGAGUCUACAGUUACAGCACUUCCUGUAGCCAGAUGGGCGGUGGGGACAGAAUAGCCCAGAAGCUUGAGGACCCUCCGUCCUGGAGCACGUAACACUGACAGAAGCAAAAUAGACCCUGCCUUAACACGGUGCGGAAGGACAGAAUGACUCCAGAAAGUUGACCUUUGACCUCCAUACAAGGUGUGGUGUGUGCGUGUGCCUGCACUUUCAUAAUGAAAUGUAACAAGGAAGGAAAUGAGGUUUGUGUUUAUAUCUCAACACAAAAGAUGCAGAGGCCGGAGGAUUGCUGCAAGUGUCAGGCCAGAUUGGAAUACAUAGCAAGGGACUGGUGGGGUGGGGAGAGCCUGUUGGUCCGUUUGUCUCAUCUUAUGCCCAUUCCAGAACUUGCCUUUUACAGUGGGGGAGAGGGGUGAGGGGCAAAAAGCCCUAGAAUGAGAUGGGGCCUCCGGGCUCAGGUUUGAGAGGAAAAGGCUCUUGAGUCUGAGGUUAACCUCAGCUACACUGUGACUGUUUUCAGCCAAGCAAAAAGAACAAGGCACCCUCAGAGAUGUUGUCCCAAGCCUCCAGAUGGCCAGGAGGGGUUCCGUUGUGUCUGGAGAAAGUUGCUGAGUAUGUAGACAACCUCAGCUGUAGGCCCCGCUCCCUAUGUCCUGUGUGAUAUCCACACCCGGCUGCAGGUCUCUCCCGUUCUUCCAGCACCCGCCCUGCCCUCCGUCUAAAGCCCUCUGUCUGUCGCACUGUGGGACAUCUCCAGUCUAGCAUCUUCGGAUUCCGUUCCCUGGUCACAGCAAGCUUUCACGGUCAGAACUGAAUGCAGUACGGUCAGUGGAAGUAGCUUGGGGUAUUUCUUACGGGGUGAUCCGCGGUGUUUGGUUUUUUGGCUUUGAGUUGAAUUUGAGGUAUAACUGAUGGCUCCCCCCCCCCCCCCCGUGUUUGGAACGGAAAUAUUAAAACGCUUUGCUUACUGUUUCAGAAAUGCGUUUUACUGCCCCUGCUUUUACCUUGAUCGCUUUUCUGGGUGUGAAAGUAUCCCUCAGAUUAUUUAUGUAAAUUUCUGGUGAGAUUUCUAUGUCUACUAGGUUGAUUUAGCAGACACGUAAGUCAGAAAUGGUGGUUCAAACAUUUCCCAGGGAAAGUUGGUGAGUAACUGAGCACGCUUUAUUAGGGUAUUCUUAGCUGUUUAGAAUGUUUGUUGUGGGCCCCUCAUGUGUAUUUGACAUUUUCAGUUGUUUUUUAAAAUAUGUUUGAAGCAUGCCUUGGCUUGGCAUUGUCAGGACAUAGAAGAGUUGUCACUGAAGAGGAGAGGGGCCCCCUGCCUGUCUGUGGGCAGCCUCAUAGGUGACAGCAUUGAGACAUGGAAGUCCUCACAGAUGGUGACUGAUCUUGGGCUGUUGAGGUGGCUGGGCAGGUAAAGACUGUUUGCGGGCCAAGUCUGACAACCUGACUUGUUGACGGUGAAGGGGCAGAACUGACGUCUGGAAAUUAUUCUGCCUGGCUUGGAAGAGCCAUGGUGUCUGUGUGUUCACAUGUGUUUAAUAAAAGAUUAGUCAAAAAGCAAGGCUUGCUGCUCCUAAGGCAGGCAGCUCCUCUAGUCUAGUGAGAGGGUGGACAAGCAAAGUGCUCUGCUGAGCCUUUCCUGAACCGUACAGGUGGGUUUCUCUGCAGACCAGAGGGUAACCCUAGCCUUCUCAGGGAAGAGCUAAUGCUUGAUUGGAGGGCUUGGAGCAGAAACCCUUAUAUGACCUAAGGACAAAAAUGUCAGAAGGAUGAGGCACAGUGGGAAUCUUAAACCUCCUCAGCCUUAUUUUUAUCUUAGUCUGCAUCAGAAGACACAGAAGGCAGUGUUAGCAUAGGGUGUGCUUAGCCCUGCUGAUUUGGGAAUAAAAUUUGCCUGUAAAAACAAUAUCCAUAUGACCUAACACCUUCAUUCUCCAACAAAAAGAAAAAGGAAAAAAUAUAUAUAUACACAUACACAUAUAUAUGUAUGUGUAUGUACACACACACACACACACACACACACACACACACACACCCUUUCACUUGAGUCUGAAUGAAUCUUGGGAGUUCAAAAAGUUCUGCCUACUAUUUGAGAGGGAAAAGCUUCUGUUAUACAAACCACCAGUGGUACAUUGGAGAACCUACAGUUCUUUGGUCUCUGCCACAUGAGUGUUUGGUCUAAGGCUUUGGAGUCAAGCUUACAGCAGCGUCAGGACUUCUCAGCCAGAGUGACUUAUAGAACAAGAACCAUGAGCAAGCAGAAACCUAGUGAUGCCCACCAUCUUCCCACUGUAUCUUCCAGGCAAGGUUCAUGGGAGGAUGCUUUGCCUCAGGAAGAGGGUCUGUCCUGAGCUCCUAGGACUGUUCCCUUCCCAUGUGACACAUUUACUGUUUUUUGGUUUUGUUUUAUUUUUUCCCCCACGGCAUCAAGUUUAAGUCCUUUCGGUGGCAAGAAGGGCUUCCUUGCUUCUGGGGACAGCAUUAGUACCAGGAAAGGAGAGUGGACAGUGGACCACAGUCUUCCCCCUAGGAAGAGGCCAGGAACCAGAUCUGAGAUCUUUUGAAGUUACAUCCUUCUACUCCAUUUAUGGUGUUAGCUCCGAUCUGUCCCAUAUUGCUGCAUACCUGUGUUUCUUCCUGUAGCCUAACAUUUCUCUCAGCUCCCCAAAACAUCCAGCCACCCGUUUGUAGCACUGGAAAAGGGGGACCUGUGAAGUCUUGAAAAUGAGUGAUGUAGCUCAUUAGUUCGCUCGCUCCUCUCCCCAGAGACGCGCGCUCCUGCUCACUCCGUGCUGCGGGUGCUGCGGCGGGCAUGAGCAAGCCGAGCCUUGCUGCCGAGGUCUGGGUUUACAUAGGAAGGCUUGCUCCUUGUGAGGAUCAUUUCUGACGACUGUUAAUCUCUAACAAGUACAAGUAGUGAGCCUGAUUCCUGUGACGCCCUCCCUGCUGCACUCAGAUGUGACAUACUAACACCUAGACCUUGUUGGCGUGGCCCAGAAUCUUUAGGCCAGUUCUUCCUCCCUGGUGUGACCCCAAAACUGACCCCACCAGAGAUCACCACCCGAAAGGGUAUCUGGAAGAGGCUUGAGCUCACGCUCUUCUGGCCACCUCCUUUUUCCUCCCAGAAACUGUUUCCCGUUUACCAUUUCCUGGUGGUUCUGUUCACCCCUGCCCACCUUCCGGUGACCCUGAGGGCACAGACCUGAGCGACCUGUGUGGCCUGUGCGAGCUCAGAGCACUGUGAGGACCGCCCCUUCCUGUCAGGCUGCUCAGGGACAGAUGGAUUGGUACCUGGUGCUGUCUGCAGAACUCGGUCUUCAGCCCUGCACCCCCACUCCGCUGACUCCGAGGGGUAGCAGGGCAGUCCUGGUGUGAUCCCUGUGCCCCGGCUGCUGGGCCUGACCUGGACUUUGCUGUAUGGGGGCUGCUGCUUGCUUGUUUUCUCACCAGGCCUGCGCCAACACUUGGCCACUCCCCAGGCCUCGAACUGUUCCCCAGUGGGGACUUAACACCACGUUCCAUUAGCUAAGUGACUGUAUGUACACCUCCUACUUCCAGCAUCCGAGGAUGUGGGGGUGAGGAGGAAUGUUUAAAUAAAAUCCAAGGAGGCAGUAGACGAUUCUUUUUGCUUUAAAAAAUCUUUGGACUAAAGCUAUGUUUUAUAUAUAAAUAUAUAAAGUAAAUUGUUAUGUAACUAUUAUUGUUUCCUGUAUGUUCUAAUUUUGUUUUAUGAUGUAAUUAAAGGAAGUGCGCUACGGA